GGACGGCAACGCAGGCAGGCAGGAUAGAGCCCCCGAGCCGCCGUCGUCCUCUCCAAAUCCCUCCUCCUUACCCGGCUCCAUGGCUCGCCUCCUCUUCCCCCUCCCAAUCGCCGCCUCCUCCCUCCACCUCGCCGCCUCCCGCCUCCGCCUCCCCGUCGUCUCCGCCGCGAGGCGUGAGGCACUGUUCGGGGGAAGAAUGGGGGCGAGGUUGCCGGCGCGGCUGGCGACGAGGGGAGUGAGCGCCAGCGCGGACGCGGGCGGGUCGGCGGCGCGGGCGAGCACGGUGAUCGGCCCUGAGGAGGCGCUGGAGUGGGUCAAGAAGGACCGGAGGCGCCUCCUCCACGUUGUCUACCGCGUCGGCGAUCUCGACAAGACGAUCAAGUUUUACACGGAAUGCUUGGGGAUGAAGCUUCUGCGGAAGAGGGACAUACCCGAGGAGAGGUAUACCAAUGCCUUUCUCGGGUACGGACCGGAGGACUCACAUUUUGUUGUGGAGCUCACUUACAAUUAUGGGGUCGAAAGUUAUGAUAUUGGGUCUGGUUUUGGUCAUUUUGGAAUUGCUGUUGAGGAUGUUGAAAAAACAGUCGAACUUAUUAAAGCAAAGGGUGGAAUGGUAACAAGGGAACCAGGUCCGGUAAAAGGUGGAAAAUCAGUCAUUGCCUUCAUUGAAGAUCCUGACGGUUACAAAUUCGAGCUUAUAGAAAGAGGUCCCACACCUGAGCCUUUAUGCCAAGUAAUGCUUCGAGUGGGAGAUCUUGAUCGUGCUAUAAAUUUCUAUGAGAAGGCAUUUGGCAUGGAACUUCUUCGCAAGAAAGACAAUCCUCAAUACAAGUAUACCAUUGCUAUGAUGGGAUAUGGCCCCGAAGACAAAAAUGCUGUAUUGGAGUUGACCUACAAUUAUGGUGUCAAGGAAUAUGACAAGGGCAAUGCUUAUGCACAGAUUGCAAUUGGUACAGAUGAUGUCUAUAAGACUGCGGAAGUUGUUAGACAAAAUGGUGGACAGAUAACUCGUGAACCUGGCCCAUUACCUGGUAUCAGUACCAAGAUAACUGCCUGCUUAGAUCCAGAUGGCUGGAAAUCAGUAUUUGUCGACAAUUUAGAUUUUCUGAAGGAACUGGAAGAAUGAGUUUUGUCGGAGAGAGAUAUCAACUUUAAUACAGGUAGUAGGGUUUUGCCUUGAGCUGCAAACAUGCCCCCUUCAAAUCUUGUAAAAGCCUCAGAAUGAGGUUUGUAGAUAGGUCGUCCGAUCUACCAUGUCAUUACUGAUGGAGUGAUGGUCCAUAGAGCAUUAGUUUCACUACCUUCGCAAGUUCGCAGUGUAGAUGCGCAAUCCAUUUUGCUAGCAAAGAAUCAUAUGUACAUUUCUCUUCUGAAAAGCUAGAAAUGAUUGCCAACA